AUGUCGCAACCAAGUAAUCCCCAGUACAACACAAGGGACGCCGACACGCGCGACAUGAAUGGCCGCCCUGUAGACAUCGAAUCCGGCUCAUCAGCACGCGACACAACACCACUCCGUCUAAAAGACCGCGUCGUCAGAAUAACAUGGAGUUGGUUCCCCUGCACAAUGUCAACCGGCGGUCUCGCCAACCUCCUCAACGAACAGCCCUACACAUUCACCGGCUUAAAAACCAUCGGCAAAAUAUUCUUCAUCCUAAACAUCAUCCUCUUCCUGACCUUCACAGCCCUCAUAGCCGCCCGCUUCGCCAUGAAACCCCGUGCUUUUCCAACAAGUCUGCAUCAUCCGUCUGAAUCGUUCUUCUUUGGAGCGUUUUGGGUUUCUAUUGCGUUGAUACUUACGGGCGCGCAGUCGUAUGGGGGGCCCGAGACGGGAGAGUGGUUUACGACGGCUAUGAGGGUGGUGUUUUGGAUGUAUUAUGCUUGUGAGAUGGUUGUGGCUGUGGUGCAGUAUCAUAUUAUCUUUGAGACGGAGAGGCUUGCUAUCUCGGAGGCGUUGCCCGGUUGGAUAUUGCCUGCAUAUCCGUUUUUGGUGACGGGGAUGUUGGCGGCUAAGAUAGCGGGGAGUCAACCGCAGUGGAGUGCGGUGCAGAUUAUAGUUGCUGGUUUGAUGGGACAAGGGCUUGGAUGGAUGCUUGCGCUGUUUAUUUAUGCUGUUUACUUGUCGAGGCUCAUUCAGCACAAGUUGCCGGUUGCGUCCAAGAGACCCGCCAUGUUCAUCGCUGUUGGACCAACAGCUUUCACGUGUGGUGGUCUAAUUGCACUCGGCAAACAAGCCAAGUCCGCUCUUCCAGAUGACUUCCUCAGCACCCCUAGCAUCCCCGCCGGCGAACUCUGGGCUGGCAUGUCAGUAGCAGCAGGCCUCUUCAUCUGGCUAAUGGCGAUCUGGUUCUCAGCCCUAUCCGCUAUAUCUGUCCUCCGCGGCGCUCGAAGAAUGGAGUUUAGUUUGUCCUGGUGGGCACUCGUUUUCCCCAACGUCGGUCUGGCUCUUGCGAGUAUCAACGUUGGAAACACUCUGUCAUCGAGGGGGAUCAAGAUUUUUGGAUCAUCGUUGACGGUUGUUUUGGUUAUGGUGUGGUUUUUCUGCGCGGCGUUUCACAUUCGAGCUGUUAUUAGGAAGGAUUUACUUGCUGUUGGGAAGGAUCUGGAUGUUGAGUAUGUUAACAAACAGCAUGAUAUAAAGUCUGAGAAGCAAAGAGAUUAG